CCCGCAUCUCUACGGUGAUUGCCGGCAGCCAAAAGAGUCCGGCCGCUAUGGCAGCCUCUAUGGGCUCUGGAUGGGCUCCCACUACGUGGUGGUGGUCAACAGCUAUCAGCAUGCCAGGGAGGUGCUGCUGAAGAAGGGGAAGGAUUUCGCUGGACGGCCUCGAACUGUGACUACGGACCUGCUGUCCCGGGGGGGCAAGGACAUUGCCUUCGCCAGUUAUGGCCCCCUCUGGAAGUUCCAGCGCAAACUGGUGCACGCUGCCCUCUCCAUGUUUGGGGAGGGCUCUCUUGCCCUUGAGAAGAUCAUCUGCCGGGAAGCUGCAUCCCUGUGCGAGACGCUCAGCACUAUGCAGGAUACAGCCCUGGACAUGGCCCCUGAGCUCACACGGGCUGUCACCAAUGUGGUCUGCUCCCUCUGCUUCAACUCCUCAUACCGCCGUGGAGACCCUGAGUUUGAGGCCAUGCUGGAGUACAGCCAGGGUAUUGUGGACACCGUGGCCAAGGAGAGUUUGGUGGACAUCUUCCCCUGGCUCCAGAUCUUCCCAAACAAGGACCUGGCCCUACUGAAGAGAUGCCUUAAGGUCCGGGACCAGCUGCUUCAGCAGAAAUUCACUGAACACAAGGAAGCCUUCUGCAGGGACACCGUGAGGGAUCUCAUGGAUGCUCUCCUGCAAGUGAGACUUAGUGCUGAGAACAGCAGUCCCUCAGCACCUGGGCUGGAGCUGACAGAUGACCACCUCCUCAUGACAGUGGGGGACAUCUUUGGGGCUGGCGUGGAGACCACAACAACUGUGCUCAAAUGGGCUGUGCUAUACCUGCUCCACUACCCUGAGGUCCAGAGAAAGAUCCAGGAGGAGAUGGACCAGAAGAUUGGCCUGGCACGUCACCCCCACCUCCGUGACCGCCCGUUGCUGCCUUAUCUGGAGGCCACCAUCAGCGAAGUGCUGCGCAUUCGGCCUGUGUCCCCCCUGCUCAUCCCACAUGUGUCCCUUGCUGACACCAGCAUCGGGGAGUACUCCAUCCCCAAGGGAGCCAGGGUCAUCAUCAACCUCUGGUCUGUUCACCAUGAUGAAAAGGAGUGGGACAAGCCUGAAGAGUUCAACCCCAGACGCUUCCUGGAUGAGAAGGGCCAGCACAUCCACUCACCUUCACCCAGCUACCUUCCCUUUGGGGCUGGGAUCCGUGUCUGCCUGGGAGAAAUCCUGGCCAAGAUGGAGCUCUUCCUCUUCCUGGCCUGGAUGCUGCAGAGGUUCACACUCGAGUGUCCCCAGGACCAGCCCCUGCCCUCACUGGAGGGCAAGUUUGGUGUCGUGCUGCAGGUGCAGAAGUUUCAGGUGAAGGCCAGGCUGCGGGAUGCCUGGAGAGCAGCCUCAUGACAGAUCCCAGGCUGUGGUGUGGUGGGGUGGGAUGGGAUGGAGCAGGACCAUGGAAGCUAUGCCCCUGCCUGCCCCGAGGAUGAGGAGCUGUCCGGAUAAAGAUGUUCCCAAC